AUGCUGCACAUUAUUGUGGAGGAGAUGAAGCAACUUACGGAAGCAGGAAGCGGAAGUGUGGCGUACGAUGUUGGGACAGCACUCGUUUGUGCCCCAGAUGUCACGAGCGAUGACCAGCCGCUCACUAUCUCACUCUUGGAUGAGUCGGGUAACGUCCCGGCAUCACCACAACGUCGCAUAUCUCUAAGAGAGGCGCUCAAGUGGGAAGCGGAAGAGUGGAAGAAGAUUCAAAAGACCGACCCCGUCAUGGCGGAGACUGUUGUGCGCCUCUAUAGAAAGGUCGAGGCGCAGAUGGUUGUUACCCAGGCACCCACCGUACUUCAGACAGAGCUGGGCACCCUCGAGGGCGCGGCUCUUGAUGAUGCGAUGGCUGCGGCUGCGGCUGCUGCAUCAGCGGUGCCCGAUGAUGCCAUGACCAUUGACACCACCGGCAUGGGCCUAGGUCUGGGUACCGGCGGGGGAGAUCUAAGCCUGGGUGCCUCUUCUGCAAACUCUGCAGGAGGCUUGGACCUGGGUGCAGACAACGAUAUCUUCAGUGGCCUGGGUUCCCUGGACGGGUGGGACGGGAUGGACGGAAUGGACCUCAGCUAG